AACUUUAGUGAUUGGUGUUAAAACUUCAUUGCAUUACACUUUGAACAGCUGACAAAGUAAUUGUGUAACUUAGUUUUGCCAACUACAAAUGCAUUGAUUAAAGAUUAUCUGACGUCAUACAUCAGUCUGAUCACGAAUUAAAUUCUGCCACAGCUUUGUUGAUAAAACCCAUUGACAGAGCAAAUGCUGGUGGCCCGUUGAAACACUGUUCUUGCUUAAUGGUAAAGACAAAUGUAAAUAACGGUAAAGCUUCAUAGCAAUCAUGCACAAUUUGCGUGUUGCACUUUAAACUCUGCAGAUACGAGUGCAUUAUACUCUUGUCUUUAUGCAGUCAGAACGAUAAUGACAUGCACAAAUUCAUACAUGCGUCAGAGGUCACUAACACUAUUUUUCUGCCUUCUAUGGUGUGAAUGUGAAAUGGCUGCCACAGCUUGGCACUUCAGAUCACAGAUCCCUUUGGUGUAUUACAACAACAUAAUGAGCCUCCCACCAGUGGCAUUAACAGUAAUGAGAGCUUGAGUGACAAAGAAGGACCAUUUGUAAAAGAACCAAAAAAAAACGAACUCUUAAGACAGGCAUUUGUGUUACUUUUCAUGGCGAAGGCAUAUUAAAGGCAAAAAUGCGUAGCGUCUUCAGAAAUCAUAAGAUUUCAUUUGGGAUACAUCACUGUGAAGACAUUUUGGCCUUAAAAUUGUGAAAAUAUCACUUUAUAUUAAUAAAUAUUAUUUUCUUAGAAACAAUUAUUACCUUUGAAAAGACAACUGCCAAUAAUUCAAAUAGUCCAUCCAUCCAUCCAUUUUUCACACCGCUUAUCCCCACCAGCGUCGCGGGCAUGCUGGAGCCCAUCCCAGCUGUCUUCGGGGGAGAGGCGGGGUACACCCUGAACUGGUCGCCAGCCAAUCGCAGGGCACACAUAAACAAACAACCAUUCGCAGCUACAGGGAAUUUAGAGUCUUCAAUUAACCUAAAACCGGAGUACCCGGAGAAAACCCACGCAGGCAGAGGGAGAACAUGCAAACUCCACACAGGCAGGGCCGGGAUUUGAAUGCGGGCUCUGUGAGGCAGAUGUGCUAACCAGUCGCCCACCUUGCCGCCCAGUUCAAGUAGUCAUAUCAGUCAAAUGAAUUGACUUUCAGAUGAAAUUCAGUGGGAUAUGUCUUCACUGUUAUUGAUCAUAUUAUAUGAAAAUGACCCAUAUAGCUACUUCCUCCAACUAAUAUUGACCCAAUAUUCACUCAAAAUCCGAAUCAGAGCAUCUCUCCACUCUCAUCCUCAAUUUUUUUCUUCAUCAAGUGGAGUCUCUAAAAAGAAACCAAAAAAAAAAAACAAUUAAGUUGUUAAAAAUCGGUUUGUAUACCCCGCUUAACAUCUACAAUAUAAUGAUAUCCAAUAUGAGAGCAGUAUGAUUUUUUUGUGUGUCUUUGUUCCUUGGGGCCGCCAUUUUUAGAUCGUUGCACUCUCGCAAGAGUGCAAAUUUGUGAGCAUGUAACAUUCGCCAGUUACAGCUUAUUAUGCAGCUUUAUUUAUGAAGAAAAUCAUAGAGUUAGUAAUUAUUCAACGAAAAGCAAACAAAUAUAUCUUUAGUUGUGCCAGUGGAUUAAAAUUAACAAGAAACUGAAGAGACAAAGCUAGUCUGAUAUUUUUUUCCAUGACUGUACAUUUAACAGUUUUUAUUUUAUUAAAUAAUAAUAAAUACAUUCUAAAUGUUAAAAAUUAACUUACAAUUUUUUUAAAUUAAAACAUUUUUUUAUUAUUAAAAUCAAGUAUUUUACAUAAGCUAACUUUUUUUUUUUUUCAUCUGCUAACUUUUUUUUUUCCCCAUCUGCAUCUGACUGCAUUAAAUGUGGCCUUUGAGCCCAUCCCUGUUUUUAUGGCUUCGGUAGGCCGGCUUGUAACUGGAGUUACAACACAGACUACCCUCCCCUCAACUGCAGGUUCCUGCUAACAAUGAGUAGCUGCAAAUGGUCUGACAACAUGUCUGCUCUGACAAACCCCGUCAUUACAAAUCCUGUUGAGGCCUUAGCUUCAGAUCUCUGCUGCCCCAUCUGCUUACAACUCUACUCGGAGCCUGUGUCUCUGCCCUGCGGUCACAUCUACUGCCACACCUGCAUUCAAACUCUAGGAGAAGGGCUAGACCAUCACUGCUGCCCUGAGUGCCAGGAAGGCUACCAGGGGAGCCAAGCUGUGGUGACCUGCUCCAAAAUGUGCAGCAUUGUCAAGUCGUACAAAGCCGCCGUGGGUAAAGCCAAGCUGCCUGCAUGUGGUGCAGUUGUGGAUGAGUGCAAAACAAAAUGCCACUUGGACGCAACUAAACAGAGCCCAGUAAGUGAAGGAAAUCACUUUAAAUCCAAAGAGUUAUCUUUGACUAAGUUUCGUCUGGCAUCUCAAGUCACAGACCUGGCCCUCCAGUUGGAGUUGGCAGAGGAUGUGCUGAGGAAGGAGAAGGAGCAGGAAUUAGAGUUGACGGGCGCUAAUGAGCUGCUGAGAGAAAAGACGUCGGAACAUCUGCGGCAGCUCAACGAUGAGGUGCUGAAGUACAGCGUGGAGGUGUUGCAGCUGCUGGAUGAAGAGCUCUCUCCGGGCGAGGCCAGCGUGAGCCACAGGGUCAGUCAGGCCGCCGGUCUCACCAAGCAGCUGAGACAAGUUCUGCUCAGAGCAGAGUCUCUCCUGAUGGAGGGAGAUGAGGCCACGUUUGCCAAAGACCUUCAAGACCUGCAACCACGCAUUACGGAGAUGAUGGGAAAAGCCAUCGGAGAAGCUGAGGAAUGUGUUGAAUCAAAAGUCAACCCGCUUCAAGUUAUUUCCAAGUUGGAGCACAUGAAGGGCGAGCUCAGGAAAAGUCUCGGUGCCAUUCAUCACUUGCUUCGCAAUGCCCUCAACCCGUCUGAGGUGACGUUUGACAUCGGGACAGCUCCUGCUAACCUCAUCCUCUCGGAGGACUUGAAGACUGUGACAUUCAGCUCUGUCAAGCAGCCAUACCCGCCUUCUCCCCAAAGAUUCACCAGCUUCUUCCAGGUCCUUAGCUCCCAGAGCUUCUCGGAAGGCGACCACCGCUUGGAGGUGGAGCUUGACGGCUCUCCGUGGAUUGUGGGCUUGUGCUGCAGCGGGACGCUGGAGCGUAGCGGGAUUUCCUCGGCGCUGGAAAGCAACCGAAGCUCCUGGUGCCUGAUGUGGUUCGACAACUUGUUGACAGCCUUCGACCGGGGUCGCGGCGUGCCGCUCAAGAGGACCAUGGUGUCGUGCAGGAUCGAGAUCAGGCUGAGCUUCAUCAGCCACACAUUGAGCUUUUACAACAUCAGCCCCACCUGCGGAAAGACACUCCUUUACACAUUUGAAGCUAACUUGAUUGAGCCUGUGCACCUGGCUUAUAGAAUGAUCUCAGGGCACCCUAAAGCAUGUGUCACCAUCUUUUCAUAAUACCUUUUGGUCGUCGCAUCUCUUGCAUUUGGUAUGUGGGCUUACCUGGCAUAAUCCACCUCUUAGUACCACUAUUGAAGCUAUUAUAGAAACUGUCAAUAUUAUACAAAAAUGCAAUACAACGGCAACGUGGUGUAUUACAGAGGAAAGGUGACAAUGGUGGAUGAGGAGUACAGGAAGAAUUGCAAAGGCGUUAGCAAGUGCUGAUGGAGAUCCAAAAUGCUGACAUUAUUGUGUAAGAAGAAUCUGAAAUCUGAUUGGUUAAAGAAACAGUCCCGUUGAUAAUGUAGUUUAAUUUACCAUACAUCGGCCCGUGCUACUAAUUCUGAAGUGUUUGGGCUGAUUAGAUUGACAUGGCAGCACAUAGAGGCUGAAAUCUGAUUGGGCAAACUCUAACGUCCACUUACACAUACUGUAUACAGCAGUGCAAGUGUCAAGAGAACUGCUUCGAAAUGAAGAGAAAAGACUAUUGGAAUUUCAUGGAACUCAUAUUAGAAUUUAGGCUGUAAAUGGAGGUCAGUGCUUCUGAUAAGGUUUAGUCCAAUAGACAGGCCUUGCUGGCGCUGACAGCUCACCACUGCAUUUUGGAAAGAUACACUUAAUGGUGUUCUCAGGUCGAGAUGUCCUUAUUCCGAUGAAAUCUACAUCUCAUAUACUGUACUUUUCUCAGAAGAUUGCUUUCAUUUUUCUUUGUGACAAAAUGUGCACUGCAUAGUCAAGACCAGCCACAUCAUUAGGUACACUGGUACUAUUCAAUCCGUCCAUUUUCUAUAGCGCUUGUCCUCAUGUGGGGUGCUGAUGAACUGGAGCCUAUCCCAGCUGACUUUGGGAAAGAGGCACAGGUACACAAACAAACAUUGUACUCACAUUCAAACCUGUGUACGACUUCCAAAGUUAAUUAUUCAUCAUGAGAUGCAGGCAUAGUACAAUUAUUUAAAGGUGCUGUAUUUUGGGGGUGGCACGGUGGAAGACUGGUUAGAGCGUCAGCCUCACAGUUCUGAGGACCCGGGUUCAAUCCCCGGCCCCGCCUGUGUGGAGUUUGCAUGUUCUCCCCGUGCCUGCGUGGGUUUUCUCCGGGCACUCCGGUUUCCUCCCACGUCCCAAAAACAUGCAUUAAUUGGAGACUCUAAAUUACCCGUAGGCAUGACUGUGAGUGCGAAUGGUUGUUUCUUUCUCUGUGCCCUGCGAUUGGCCGGCAACCAGUUCAGGGUGUACCCCGCCUCCUGCCCGAUGACAGCUGGGAUAGGCUCCAGCACGCCCGCGACCCUAGUGAGGAGAAGCGGCUCAGAAAAUGGAUGGAUGGAUGUAUUUUGGCUAUUUAGACCUCUAUAGAGUGAUUUUCUUAUAUGGACUUCGUAUAAAAGUGUCAGUUUCAUUUAAUCAUUGUCAUACUUCCAGAAAAGGCCCCUCUGACAGCUACUUCUGUUUGACCCAGUUUUGUAUCCGCUUUGUAAAUAUUUGUCUUAAGACCGCUUCCUUUAUUCUAAUUGGUUGCCUCUGUGUAAACCCACUUGUGAGAGCACACGUGUUUUAAUUCUUAUUUCACAUGUUUACUGAGGCACAAUAGAGACAAUAUUACCUCCUAAAUACUUGAAAAAGUUGGUGUGGCAAAAUAUGUCCCCUUCAGUGGUAACAAGGGAGCAGCAAAUGACAAUGCCCAGUAAUUGCAAUGAGUUAAGCCAACACUAUUUACACCAGCAGCACAGUACCCUAGUAUUUAGCACAUUUGCUUCACAGUUCUGAGGCUUUGGGGUUCAAAUUAGAGUUUGCAUGUUCUCCCCGUGCUUGUGUGGGUUUUCUCCGGCUACUGUGGCUUCCUCCCAUAUUCAAAAAACAUGCAUGUUAGGUUAAUUGAAGACCAAGAAUGUAAGCGAGUGUAAAUGGUUGUUUAUGUGCGCUCUGAUAUUGGCUGGCGAGCAGUUCAGGGUGUACCCCCCACCUUACACCUAGUCAGCUGUGACCUUCAUGAGAACAAGUCCAAUAGAACAUUGGAUGAUUGUGAAGAGAUAUUCUCACUAAAAGCGAAGGUAAAGAAAAAUAGCUGUAAAAUAUGUGAGGUGCUGUCAACUCUGUGCAAUUUGUCCCCAUGCAUCACCCCACCUGUACACCUCUACAAAGCAUAUGAAAUCGAGAAAAAAAAACAUUAUGCUGACUUUUGUUUGACACUGUCAGAAAGAUAUUAAUUUAAUGGUAUGCACUUUUAGUGUGGUUGUAGUUUGCUGUGAUGUCGAACUGCACUGCAUCAUACUGAUAGCUUUGUCUAUAUUUCCACACUUGUGUCGCUAAACGAGAUAAUAUUGUAUUCGAAACAGCUCUCAGUAUGAUCCAUUGCAGUUCUACACGACAGCCUGGUAUUCAACUAAAUAAAAUAAUAAUCACUAAACAUUAUUGGUUCUUUGUGGGACAAUUUAAUUAUUAUAAUAAUUGUUUUCUGUUAGUGUCUUUAAAAUACUGUAUGAAAUAACCUGGCCAGUCGGCACGUAUGUACUUAAACAAUAUGCGCAUUAUUGUGGGUUAAGUUGGCAAAUGAUCAGGCGCUUUUAACUCGGGUAACAAAAAAUUGGCUGCUAUUGCUUAAAAUAUGUUGCUUUGUGCGGAAAUGUCAUAUAUGUCAAUAAAAAAGUAUAAAUGUUUAA